AUGCGUAUGUGUGUGUUUUUCCUGACAGAAGCUCAGAGAUCAGAGACUACAACAUACCUUAGUCGUCCUGUACAGCAUGGAUUUUGGUCUAAAGAUUUUGAUUCUGGCAGCCCUGACUCUGCUGGUUUCUGGUUUUGGUAACUAUAGAAGCUUGAAUAAUGACUUACAAACACAAAUAGACAAGGCUCUGGAUAGGGCACAUAAAGAAAUUGCAAAGAGACAGCAUGUUGCUUUCCAUUCACUGGAAGGAGAACCAAAGCUUCAGGGGAAUAGCUUGUAUGUACACGUCCUUCUGCAAAUCACAACAUGCCCGAAAACUUCAAACAGUGCAUAUGAGCACCGAGAUGAAUGUUUUACACGAAAAGAAAAAACGCCGCUGAUUGAUUGUCUUGUGUGUAAGAAUAAAGAUGGUAAAGAUCUGGUGAACUGUGGCAUGAGGCAUGAGGUCAUGAAGAAAUGGCCACAUGAACGAAAUAACUGUCACACACAUUUUUAUGGAAGUAAGGUUGCUUUUCAGAAAUUUGAUGAUAAUAAGGAGAUCGGAUGUGUCGGAUGUUUGUAAAGUUGCACGAGUCUAAGCAGCACAAAUUCGAAACUAUACUGUAAAACAUUAUACAAAUAAAAAAUGUUUUGCUUACAUGCAACAUACAGUUCAGUGCCUGAGUAUUUCAUAAAGUUCUAGGAAAACUGUGUUCAGCUUUUUGAGACAAUGUUUAGCAGUGAUUACACACAGCACUUAAUAAAGCACAUUGAAGAGCA